AUGGAUAUGAAGAAGCUCGCCAUGGAGCACGCCGCUCAGAUGUGUCCUUUCCUCCGAAACGUGUCGCUUUCCUCGUGCUCCGCUCCGCAUUUAGCUCCUCUUUCCCACUCGCUCGGGGACCUCUGUCCCGCUUCCGCCGCUCUUUCGGGAAAGAAACCCAUCUUCGAGGAAACUUCGUCCUCUUUCGAGGUCGCGUUCAGGCUCUUUCACGGCGAAACGGGAGUUGUCCCGCUCGCGAAGACUUCCGACCUCGUCUCUGUUAAGUCAGGCGAAAGCAACGAUGGCCAGAUCAGCCAGUCGCUUUCCGUCAAUCCCACGCUCCAUGCUUCCGCGAUUACCGCUGAGAAGUCAUCACAGAGCGUUUCAACCGCGAAGGACACCACUAACGCCUUUUCCCUGACGGGUUAUGAGACCGCUGGAGAGCAGGAUCAGGAGGUUUGUCCGUAUGCUGCGGCGUUCGCAGGCGGUCUGGGUGCGUCAGCGGCCACGAUCAGCCUGUCGGUGUUCGGCCCAUCUGGACCGUUCACGGCGAUCCGUCCCCCGGCCGGAAUCCAAUAUCGCUGCCCGGCUCCUAUCAUCGCAUUGCGCGCAGCCGUCGCCAAGACCCCCGCUAUGAAAGCCCUCCGGCCGCAGGCGCUCCCGAUAAGAACACUCGCUAUAGGCACGAUCGGCAUGAUGCUGAACAUCCCGCUGGGUGUUUGGCGAGAGCAUUGCGAAAAGUUUUCGCCACAGUGGAUCAUCGCCGUGCAUGCUUCCGUUCCGCUGGUCGCCGUGCUGCGAAAGGCUGCGCUCAUGCCGAAAUACGCCAUGGCCUUCACUAUAGCGGCCUCCGUUAUUGGCCAGGCGAUUGGAGCGAGGGUGGAACGGAGACGUCUGAAGAAGAUCAAGGAAGGUUCAGAGAAUGCGGAGGUGGCAGAUACUGUCUCUGGUGGCAGCAUUGCAACUACCAGCAGCAGCAUCACCAACAGCAGCAGCAGUUUCAAGUCUGCUGCUAUUCCAAUGCUCCCCCAGCGCUCUGUCAUGCUUUCCAAGGCACGCAGCAAGUCUCGGGCUGUUCGUGUCAGGGCAGCUGCUGCAGGGGCAGGUUCUUGCAAGGCUGCUGCUGGUAAGGAGGGCGUUGGUGCGCUUGUAAGCUCCAUGGCUGUUGGCGCUGGUGGGGGAGCGAGUGCUGGCAGCCCCUUGAAGGUCGCUGCUGCUGCGCACUGA